CCGGCGCGACGCUUUCCCUCCACGCCAGGACUGGAUUGUGGGGGAGGGAGGCGGUUAGUGGGCUUUAGCGCCUUUUCUGGCGGCGGUAGAUUUGAAGCGCUUUUAAAGGACCGGACCUGGGAAGUGAAGACUACUGGAGCAGGUAUCUGGGCUGUUUGGUUCCUGAACUAGUCCCCUAAAGACCGUGGCGCUGGCUCUGCAGCUGUUGCCUCUGGACAAGGCCUUCAGCCGUGCCUCCCGGGCCUGGGAAACGGCCCUCCCCCUGCCAGCCCCCGCCCUCUCCACUUGGGCGCACACCUCCCUCCCUGACGCAUUUUGCCGCACAAGCUGUAAUAUGGCGGCAGCAACGGCGGCCUGAACUCCAAGGAGCGAGGGUGAUUUUUGAUGCUUCAGAAUCGUAAGACUGAUCGCUAAUGCGGGGCUGUUGUCAGGGUUGUCUUCACCUGCUGUCAGGAGUGUACAAGUAUGCAAGCUUCCUAGGUUAGAAAAUUUGGAUUUGUUUCUGGCUCAACCAUCUAUCUGAACCUCAGUUUCUUCAUCUAUAAAAUACUUUGAUUUCAGGCUUUCAUCAGCUGUGGACUUCAAAAAUAAAAAAUCAGAUUGAAGUAUUGGAGCCAUGGGAAUAAAGGUUCAGCGCCCUCGAUGUUUUUUUGACAUUGCCAUUAAUAAUCAACCUGCUGGAAGAGUUGUCUUUGAAUUAUUUUCUGAUGUGUGCCCCAAAACAUGCGAGAACUUUCGUUGUCUUUGUACAGGUGAAAAGGGGACAGGGAAAUCAACUCAGAAACCAUUACAUUAUAAGAGUUGUCUCUUUCACAGAGUUGUCAAGGAUUUUAUGGUUCAAGGCGGUGACUUCAGUGAAGGGAAUGGACGAGGAGGGGAAUCUAUUUAUGGAGGAUUUUUUGAAGAUGAGAGUUUUGCUGUUAAACACAACAAAGAAUUUCUCUUGUCUAUGGCCAACAGAGGGAAGGAUACAAACGGUUCACAGUUCUUCAUAACAACGAAGCCAACUCCUCAUUUAGAUGGGCAUCAUGUUGUUUUUGGGCAAGUGAUAUCUGGUCAAGAAGUUGUAAGAGAGAUAGAAAAUCAGAAAACAGAUGCAGCUAGCAAACCAUUUGCUGAGGUGCGGAUACUCAGUUGUGGAGAGCUAAUUCCCAAAUCUAAAGCUAAGAAAGAAGAAAAGAAAAGACAUAAGUCAUCAUCAUCAUCAUCCUCUUCAUCUAGUGACUCAGAUAGCUCAAGUGAUUCUCAGUCCUCUUCUGAUUCUUCUGAUUCAGAAAGUGCUUCUGAAGAGAAAUCAAAAAAAAGAAAAAAGAAACAUAGGAAAAAUUCCCGAAAACACAAGAAAGAAAAGAAGAAGCGAAAGAAAAGCAAGAAAAGUGCAUCUAGUGAAAGUGAGACUGAAAAUCUUGAAGCACAACCGCAGUCUACUGUCCGUCCAGAAGAGAUCCCUCCUAUACCUGAAAAUCGAUUCCUAAUGAGAAAAAGCCCCCCUAAAGCAGAUGAAAAAGAAAGGAAAAACAGAGAAAGAGAGAGAGAGAGAGAGUGUAAUCCACCUAACUCCCAGCCUGCUUCAUACCAGAGGCGACUUUUAGUUACUAGAUCUGGCAGGAAAAUUAAAGGAAGAGGACCAAGGCGUUACCGAACUCCUUCUAGAUCCAGAUCAAGGGAUCGUUUCAGACGUAGUGAGACUCCUCCACAUUGGAGGCAAGAGAUGCAGAGAGCACAAAGAAUGAGGGUAUCAAGUGGUGAAAGAUGGAUCAAAGGGGAUAAGAGUGAAUUAAAUGAAUUAAAAGAAAAUCAAAGAAGCCCAGUUAGAGUAAAAGAGAAAAAAAUAACUGAUCACAGGCAUGUGUCUGAGAGUCCAAACAGAAAAAAUGAAAAGGAAAAGAAAGUUAAAGACCAUAAAUCUAACAGCAAGGAGAGAGACCUCAGAAGAAAUUCAGAAAAAGAUGAUAAAUAUAAUAAAAACAAAGUGAAGAAAAGGGCUAAAUCUAAAAGUAGGAGUAAGAGCAAAGAGAAAUCAAAAAGUAAAGAAAGAGAUACAAAGCAUAACAGACAUGAAGAAAAGAGGAUGAGAUCAAGGAGUAAAGAAAGGGAUCAUGAGAUUGUUAAAGAAAAAGAAAAGUGUGAUUCUAAAGGAAAGGAUCAGGAAAGGAGUAGAAGUAAAGAGAAAUCUAAACAGUUAGAAUCAAAAAGUAAUGAGCAUGAUCAUAAUAAAAGUAAGGAUAAAGAUAGACGUGCACAGUCUAGGAGUAGAGAACGUGAUGUCACUAAGGGCAAACACAGUUACAAUAGUAGGACAAGAGACCGAAGCAGAAGUAGGGACAGGGGCAGAAGAGUGCGAUCUAGAAGCCAUGACCGAGAUCGCAGUAGGAGCAAGGAGUACCAUAGAUACAGGGAGCAAGAGUACAGGAGAAGAGGAAGGUCCCGGAGCCGAGAGAGAAGAGCAACACCAGGAAGAUCAAGAAGUAAAGAUAGGAGGAGAAGGAGGAGAGAUUCACGGAGCUCAGAAAGAGAAGAAAGUCAAAGCAGAAACAAAGAAAAAUACAGAAACCAAGAAAGUAAAAGUUCACACAGAAAAGAAAAUUCUGAGGGUGAGAAGAGAAUGUACUCUAAAAAUCGUGAUCAUAAUAGCUCAAAUAAUAACAGGGAAAAAAAAGCUGAUCGAGAUCAAAGUCCAUUCUCAAAAAUAAAACACAGUAGUCAGGACAAUGAAUUAAAGUUCUCCACACUGAAAAAUAAGGAAGAUGAGAAGACCAGGUCCUCAGUGGAAAAAGAAAACCAAAAAUCAAAGGGUCAAGAAAAUGACCACAUACAUGAUAAAAAUAAAAAAUUUGAUCAUGAAUCAAGCCCUGGAACAGAUGAAGACAAAAGUGGAUGAGUGAGUUGUGUAAACUUCUUCUUUCCAUUCGGUCUCAAAUUUUAAGUUUUAGAGACUUGCUGAUGAAUCUCCUUUAUGUUGUUUUCCUCUUUUCAUUGUUUUUCGGUUUUAUGUUUGUCCCUUUUUUUUAUGUGGACUUUAUUGAGUUGAUCUUUUGAUAAUCUGCAACCUGGAUAAUUUGUACUGCUAAAGUUUUAAUAAACUUGAAAUGAGAAAAACAUUUUGGUGUAAUACUGUGUGCUGUGUUUAACUAUUUCAUGUAUUCAUUUUUGUGUUGCAACAAUCAGCCAAUAGCAAAUAAUGCUUUUCUACAUCCUAGUUUGUGUGAUCAGCCAGUUCAAAACAAGGGUAACUGAUUGUUGGAAUACAUUGUUACAUAAGCUUGUGUUUCUCAUGAUUAAAGUAACUGUAGAAGCCACUAGGUAGAAGAAAUCUUGUGUAGAUAUUCUGACUGCAUUUCUAAUAGAAGCUUGCAGCAGCACAACAGCUUUUAAUUACACAGAAAAGCAGGAUCCUAAUAACUUGAGAUCUUAAGUCAUCACUUUUGCUUUUUUAAUAAUUUGUGCUUUAAAAUAUUUAUAUUGCACUCCUAUGUUAUUUAUAAUUCCAUUCAUAGCUUGAUUCAUACUAAUAUUUUUCCUACCUAGUUUUGUUUUACUUAACUGUCUAAAAUAGUUGAGUCCUUUUUUUCCAUUGAUGUGCUGAUUGAGUUUGACUUGCUGUUAUACAGCAUUUGACAGGAAUUUACCUUGGAAGAUGAGAUUGUAUUUCUCAAUUCUGUGUUGCUUUUGAUCUGAAGAGAUGAAACUUUUGCUUUGGGGAUCACGGUUUUAUUAUUAUCAUUACCCUUCUCUAAAAUGAAGAUACUUUACUCACUAAAAUAUACCACUUGUGCAGGUCUUUAAGUUAGACAGAUUCUAAAAAUUGUUAGUAUUGACAUAUUAACUUCCAAGAGUUCUCUUUUGGCCACUGAUUUAUAGAGAGUUGAGUGAUAGCUCUGCAUGGUUGCUGUUUUGGUUUUGUCUUUUUUAACUUGAGCUGGCGUCUCUAAAUCUCAUAGCUGUGAGUUUCAAAUGGCAAGAAAAUGCAUCUUUUCUAUUAUGUAUCACAGUAGGGUAUAGCAUGUUUCUGACUCUGAUUUCUUUCUAUUCAGAUGGCUUUAUACCAUUAUUGUUAAUAUUAUUUUAGCUUGGCAUGUAUAACAUUGCCAUAUAGAGUAGAAUAGAAAGUUGCAAAAUUUGAUAGCUUACAGAGUUAAACAAUAAAGUUACCCAAAGUCCAUUUAGAAUUUUGUGUGUUGUAUAUUGCUAUUUUUGUGAUGUGUGGCCUUUUUUUCUGUAAUUUCUCUUCUAAAUAAAAUAUUGAACAUCCAGCAAACAGAAAACCUGCCUCAUUUGAGAAGAAAUUUCAGAAUUCCAAUUAAUAGUAGCCUUUAGAGUGUUUUGUACUUCAGUAUUUGUCAAUGUAGUGUCACCUCUUGACCAAGGUAGCUUCUUGGAAAACCCAGUAAAUACUCAGUGCUGUUUGUACUGAGCAAAGCAGUGCUUAACAUAAUACUUCCCAUUAUUGAUUAAUACAGUAAUGACAGAUUUGGCAUUGUGGUAGCUGUUUGUAUAAUGAAUAGUAGGUAAUGAUUAUCAAAUUGUUUGAACUAUCUUGAAGCAAAUUUCUACUGUGAAGUCCUUUUAAAUUUAUUUUCCUGAUGAUAACAGUGAUAGAUAUUUGUGAUAUUCCGGGAUGAUUGAUUCCUCAGAGACUUAAACCACAAACCCUACCUUAGAGACAAUUGAAUCUUGAGUUCCCAAGCUAUAUAAUCUGUAACAUAUUUUAAAUUAUUGUCUUAAAAUUCAGUAAGCUGCAUUUUAAAAAUCUGUUAUAAACUAUUUGAGCUUCAAGAAAGGUGCUGUUUAAGAAAGGAUUUCUAACAACAAACCCAUGCUAAGUAAAAAUAUUUAAUCUUGUCUGCUUCCAGAGCUUGAUCUAAGAAUUAUAGACCAGUAACCAUAAGGGGAAAAUUUAAGUAAUUUCUGAAAGUAACACUCUCCUGUUCUGAUUAUCAAAAGAGCAACUCCAUGGUAAGAUCUAUAGACAUUUAAACUUUUUUACAGUUAGAACAGAUAAUGGUGAAGAAAUUGAGAUGAGAGAUGACAAUCAGAUUUUCAGAAUAUAAAAAAUAUUUGGAAAAUAAGCAGCAUUAACUGUACCUUAAGACUGCCUUUGCAUCCAAAUAGCACAUAGCUCAAACAGUCCUUCUAGUACAUUUUUAAUAGUUGUUCCACCUUUAGCUUUUACUUUGAAUACACUCUUUGCUGAAAGCUGGCUCUUUCUUUCCUUUCAGAUUGAUUUUAUAGUUAUGUCUGAACUUAUGGUUUACCUCAAACUAUCUUUAACUUCAUAUUCGCUAAAGAUGUUUAAUUGGUUUAUCUUACUGUUUGGUAAUAUCUGAGAAUUUUUUUUAUGAUUUCAUUCUAUUUUGGGUUAACCAUCUGACACAGAAAUUGACACUACAGAGAGGUUAAUGUUAAUGAACGAUAAAGAAUCUACUGUGUUGUUUUAAAAUAUUCUUAAAUUACUCUACGGUUAAUGAGUUGAGUAUUGUAGGUUCUAAUAGUUUCUUAAUCAAAGCCUUCACAGAAGUUUCAAAGAAUAUGAUAAAUCUGUCUUUGCACAAGUGUAAUACUGAUUCAUACUGGCUUUGGUGAUGGCCUUUGAUUCUUGUACCCAGUGAAAGGUAUGAAACUGAAAAGCAAAUAUUUCUUAAUAUUAUGGACAGGAACACAUUGGGUUUCCAGUAUUUUGAGUAGUGAUAUUAAUGGACAAUUCUGAUUUAUUUUCAAGUUAGUAUAUGGAGCAAGUUUGUUUUAGUGGGUUUUGUUUGUUUGUUUUUGUAGCUCAUUGUGCUUUUACUCCAGGGUUCUUUUCAUCACACUUUGAACCUUUUGUAGUUAAUUUCUAUAGAAACUUGUUCCCUUUACCUUGACUGGAAGGUACUUUAAAUAUACACCGUAUACAAUUGAUAGUUGUAAAGAAACAUAAAAUGGGUAUUUUUCUGUCUCCUUUUGGUCAUGUUUGCUGUAAUUAACAAUUUAGUAUUCAUACAUUUACAAUUGAAUAAACUCUCCAAGGAUUGUAGAUCUAUAACCUAUUUAUUAUGAAAAGAUAUGUUUUGUUGCAAAUAAUUGUUUUAAAAAGUAAUAAACUCCAGGAAGUACAGCAUUGGUUAACACCUGCCCAUAGUGGUUUCCCAGCUGCCUUGAAAGGAUUCAGACAAAUGCAAAUUCUGGCUUGUGGUGUGACACAAGAAGUACAUACUGAAAAAAAUCACAUACUUUAAAAAUCACCAGGGUUGGAGAAGGGAGUUGUUGAGGGGUGUUGUUUGUUUAUAGGUAUAGGAGGAAGUGGUGGGGUUAAUUUGUGUUUCUGCCUUUUUUUUUUUUUUUUU